AUGGCAAAGUGGCUUAUUCUAAGCGUCUUGUUGGUGGCCAGUGGCCUGACCUAUGGCAAACCCACCUUCGGCAAAGAACAUGUCCACAUACGCAUCCACUUACCCGAGUCUGGCGGGGAUCAUGGUGGUAGCGGUGGCCAUUAUGAACAUCAUGGUGGCGGCGGCGGCCAUGGUGAUGUAAUUGGACCCUUGACUGGAGGUUUGUUGGGCGGUGGUUUCAUCAGUGAUGCUGGUCAUGGCGGCGGCCAUGGUGGUGGCCACGGAGGCGGUGAUGUCCAAACUGUAAUUGUUGCUGAUGCCGGUGGUCAUGGCGGCGGCCAUGGUCAUGGUGGUGGCUUCGGCGGUGGUCAUGGUGCCGUUUUCGGUGGUGGCUAUAGUGCCGGCGGCCAUGGUGGCAGCCAAGAAACUUUGAUUAUUGCUGAUGGCGGUUCGGCUGGUGGACAUGGACAUGGCGGCGGUCAUGGUGCUGGUUUCGGUGGCGGCCAUGGAGGCUCUCACGGUGCCCAUGAAACUGUUAUCAUUGCUGAAGGCGGUCAUGGUGGUUCUGCUGGUGGACAUGGUCAUGGUGGCGGCUAUGGCGGUGGUUAUGGCGGCGGUCAUGGUGGAUCUUCUGGUGGCCAUGAAACUGUUAUCAUUGCUGAAGGCGGUCAUGGUGGCUCUGCUGGUGGACAUGGUCAUGGUGGUGGCUACGGCGGUGGUCAUGGUGCUGGUUUUGGCGGCGGCCAUGGUGGAUCUUCUGGUGGUCACGAAACUGUUAUCAUUGCUGAAGGCGGUCAUGGUGGUUCUGCUGGUGGACAUGGUGGCAGUUAUGGUGGUGGUCAUGCUGGCGGUUAUAGUGCUGGUGGACAUGGUGCUGCUCAACAAACCCUUGUUAUCACUGAAAAUCACGGUUCCGCUGGAGGUCAUGGUCAUGGUGGUGGUUAUAGCGCCGGUGGUCAUGGUGGCGCCCAAGUCAAUACCUAUGCCGUUAUCCAAGAAAGUGCUGGAGGUCACAGCAGCGGUGGUGGUUAUGGCGGACACAGCAGCGGUGGUUAUGGCGGUUCUUCAUAUGGCGGCUCUUCCUAUGGCGGUUCCUCUCAUGGCAGUUCUCAUGCUGUAGCUAAUAUUGCUGCCAUUGCAGCCACAGCUGGUUCCAGUUCGGGCGGACAUGGUGGUUACAGCAGCGGAGGUUAUAGCUCUGGCGCCGGUGGUUAUGGCGGUUCCUCUCACGAUGAUGCCAAGAUUGCUGCCAUUGCUGCUGCUUCCUCCUCUUCCUCGUCCCAUGGCAGUUCCGGUGGUUAUGGUGGUGGCUAUGGAGGUGGUCAUGAUGAUGCCAAGAUUGCUGCCAUUGCUGCUGCUACUGCUGGUGGUAGUUCCCAUGGUGGUGCUGGCGGUUACUCUGGCGGUGCUGGCGGUUACUCUGGUGGCUAUGGAGGUGGUCACGAUGAUGCCAAGAUUGCUGCCAUUGCUGCUGCUACUGCUGGCGGUAGUGGCCACAGCGGCUCCGGCGGUUAUGGUGGUGGUUACAGUGGAGGUUAUGGUGGCGGCUAUGGUGGCGGUCAUGGUGAGUCUGCUGGUGGACAUGGUCAUGGUGCUGGUUUUGGCGGCGGCCAUGGUGGAUCUUCAGGUGGCCACGAGUCUGCUAGUGGACGUGGUCAUGGUCAUGGCGGUGGUUAUAGCGCCAUUGUGCUACUCAAGUCAAUACCUGUGCCAUUACCCAUGAACGUUCUGAAAAUCACAGCAACGGCGGUAAUUACGGCGGUGGUUAUGGAGGACACUGCAGUGGCGGUAAUGGUGGUUUUUCUCAUGGCAGUUAUCAAGCUGUAG